CAGCCUGUCCAUUGCUGUUGCACAAUCCAAUUAGCUCCGAGUUGCACUGAUAAGAAACUGGACCAUAUCACCACGGCCGCUUCUGUUCGACCAGUUGUGCAUCUAAUGGUCGGAUGGUACACAACUGGAAGCAUCUUCAGCAGGAAUCUAUACGAGUGAGGGCAACAUGAGACGUGAGAUGGUGUUGACUGCCCACCUGCUCACCUUCACCUGGACAGUGUCACUCUCUCUAGGGAUGGCUCAGAAGUUUGUCGUUCCAGCUUGUGACCAGAACAAGUUUGAUAGUAAUGUUGAGAACUGCAUGUCAGCCUUCAACAAGAGCAUGGAGACAAGCGGUUACCAGGACAACUGCCCAUGGCCGACUGUAAAACGCAUCUACAACGAACUGAAGUGGUGCGUGGACCGCUGGGCCAACGCGUCCUGGUGUAAGGGUCAAAGGUUUCUGGUGGACGAGGUCUUCUUGGAGGUUCACCGGACGUACUUUUCGCUGUGUGGACAGGUCCACGACCCCUCGCUCUCUACUCUCAUCAUGCUAAUAGCACCUUCCAUCAUUGCCACGCUCUUGCUGCCCCUUCUGUGUGUCCACCUCACCACGUGGAACACGGAGAGGCCCGGUUCUCUGGGGCUCUGAUGAGCUGAACGGACUUCCCUAAAUAGCUGUAAAUAGCUGUGUGCUUGUAACAGUGGCCAGUCUGACAGGGGAUCUUGCAAAGCGCGGUUGCUACCUUUGGUGCAGAGAUUCAGGAAAUUGAAACUCCAGCUAAACAGCCUCCCAAAGCGAAUCAACAACAAUUUUUAAUCAACACUCUGGCUCUUCAUCUAGUCUUGCUGCAGGACUUGGUAGUAAUAUCUGUGUUUACCUCUGUUGAAAUACUGUACAUACAGUAUGAAGCAAUUAUAUAACCAGAACAGUGACCCAUUUUGAGAAGUACCACAACUGCUCUUUAAAUAUUAUUUACAUGCACACAGACAGCACAUCAGUUACAAGAAACUAUUGCACAAUAUUUUCCCAGUAAUCUAAAAUCUAUAUAUUCAAAUUCUUACUUUCCUUCGAAUCAGACGUGCACCACACGACCUGCUCAUAUUCCUUUGCAAGAAACUGUCAAGCCAUUUAUUGUUGUAGUAAUUUUUCUCCUCAAACGUACAGAAGAAUGUUCUAUAUAUUCUAUAACCGUGAGGUUUGGUAAAUCAGCACGGCUUUAGCAUAUCAUACAUACUGUAGACAUAAAAAUUAUCCUUGACUGUCUGUUCUGUGAAUGACUUCUACUUUCUGGAACUCAUUAUUUUGUCAUAUAUGUUCAGCCCCUCCCAUCUAUGGUAAGUAGACAAAAACAAAGCCUUAACAAUGAUUUACUGCACUGGUUCGCUCCAACUCCAUUCCAGUAGUCUUUCACAACUACUGAUGCUUGUAUGAUUUGUUUUGUGUCCUCCUUUUUUUCUUUUCUUGUUACAUAGACAAAAAUAAUGAUUCUGUUUGUAUUUGAAACACAUAAUAAAUAUUUAUUUCAGACAAAAAAAUAAUGUUUUACAGGAGUUUGAAAACCUCUUUACAGCCAUAGCAAGCCGGACCUGCUAUUUUUUUUAAAGUAUUCACACGACCUCGAUGUCAGUCUGGUAUGAACGCAAACAUAUUGCAUUUCAUUCAUUUAUAUUCCGAUUAGUAAAGUAUAUGUAAAAAAAAA